UGCAAAACCUGGCCGGCAGCCCGAGUGAGUAUGAGCCAUGUGACUGUGGUGAGUUGGAGUGUGCAAUUGCCUCCUGCUUCAGAGAUACCUGAUCCGAAUACUAAGCAGAGCGAGUGCCGGGGCUGAGUGUAAGACACUGAAGACACUGCAGAGAAAGGUGCUUAUUCCAGAGGCUUUACAAAACAUGGAGAUUAAAGAUCAGGGAGCGCAAAUGGAGCCGCUGCUGCCAACGAGAAAUGAUGAAGAAGCAGUUGUAGAUAGAGGUGGAACUCGAUCUAUUCUCAAAACACAUUUUGAGAAAGAAGAUUUAGAAGGUCACCGGACACUCUUUAUUGGAGUUCAUGUGCCCCUGGGAGGAAGAAAAAGUCAUCGACGUCACAGGCACCGUGGCCACAAACACAGAAAGAGAGACAGAGAAAGAGACUCAGGAUUAGAAGAUGGAAGGGAAUCACCUUCUUUUGACACCCCAUCACAGCGGGUACAGUUUAUUCUUGGAACUGAGGAUGAUGAUGAAGAACACAUUCCUCAUGACCUUUUCACUGAACUGGAUGAGAUUUGCUGGCGUGAAGGUGAGGAUGCUGAGUGGCGAGAAACAGCCAGGUGGUUGAAGUUUGAGGAAGAUGUGGAAGAUGGAGGGGAGAGGUGGAGCAAACCUUAUGUGGCAACUCUUUCACUGCACAGCUUGUUUGAGUUGAGAAGUUGUAUUCUGAAUGGAACUGUUUUGCUGGAUAUGCGUGCCAACACUUUAGAAGAAAUUGCAGAUAUGAUCCUUGACCAACAAGUGAGCUCAGGACAACUCAAUGAGGAUGUACGCCACAGGGUACAUGAGGCACUGAUGAAACAACAUCACCAUCAGAAUCAGAAAAAACUCACCAAUAGGAUUCCCAUUGUUCGUUCCUUUGCUGACAUUGGCAAGAAACAAUCAGAGCCAAAUUCCAUGGAUAAAAAUGCAGGUCAGGUUGUUUCUCCUCAGUCUGCUUUAGCCUGUGUUGAAAAUAAAAAUGAUGUGAGCAGAGAAAACAGCACUGUUGACUUUAGCAAGGGACUGGGAGGCCAACAAAAAGGGCAUACUAGCCCAAGUGGGAUGAAACAGAGGCAAGAAAAAGGACUUCCACACCAACAAGAGAGAGAGGUUGAUCUGCAUUUUAUGAAAAAGAUUCCUCCAGGUGCUGAAGCUUCAAACAUCUUAGUAGGGGAAUUGGAAUUUUUGGAGCGCACUGUAGUCGCAUUUGUCAGGUUGUCCCCAGCUGUUUUGCUUCAAGGAUUGGCUGAAGUCCCAAUCCCAACCAGGUUUUUGUUCAUCCUUCUGGGACCCCUGGGAAAGGGUCAACAGUACCAUGAGAUUGGCAGAUCAAUCGCAACCCUAAUGACAGAUGAGGUAUUUCAUGAUGUUGCCUAUAAAGCAAAAGAUCGUAAUGAUUUGGUAUCAGGAAUUGAUGAAUUUUUGGAUCAAGUGACUGUUCUCCCUCCUGGAGAAUGGGAUCCAAGCAUUCGAAUAGAGCCUCCCAAAAAUGUUCCUUCUCAGGAGAAGAGAAAGAUCCCUGCUGUACCAAAUGGAACAGCAGCUCAUGGAGAAGUAGAGCCUCAUGGAGGACAUAAUGGACCUGAGCUCCAGCGAACUGGAAGGAUUUUUGGGGGACUUAUUUUAGAUAUCAAAAGAAAAGCUCCAUACUUCUGGAGUGACUUCAGAGAUGCUUUCAGCCUGCAGUGCUUAGCAUCUUUUCUGUUUCUCUACUGCGCCUGUAUGUCUCCUGUCAUCACAUUUGGAGGACUGCUGGGAGAAGCAACUGAAGGUCGUAUAAGUGCAAUUGAGUCUCUCUUUGGAGCUUCCAUGACUGGGAUAGCCUAUUCUCUCUUUGGCGGACAACCUCUUACCAUACUAGGCAGUACAGGACCAGUUUUGGUGUUUGAAAAGAUUUUGUUUAAAUUUUGCAAAGAAUAUGGGCUGUCAUACUUAUCUUUAAGAGCUAGUAUUGGCCUUUGGACUGCAACCCUGUGUAUUAUACUUGUGGCCACUGAUGCAAGCUCUCUCGUCUGCUAUAUCACCCGAUUUACUGAAGAAGCUUUUGCUUCUCUUAUUUGCAUCAUUUUUAUUUAUGAGGCCCUGGAGAAGUUAUUUGAACUCAGUGAAGCAUAUCCAAUCAACAUGCAUAACGAUUUGGAACUGCUAACACAAUACUCGUGUAACUGUGUGGAACCACAUAAUCCUAGCAAUGAUACCUUGAAGGAAUGGAAGGAUUCAAACAUUUCUGCAUCUGACGUAAUUUGGGAGAACUUAACUGUGUCUGAGUGCAGAUCACUGCAUGGAGAGUAUAUUGGACGAGCCUGUGGGUAUGAUCAUCCAUAUGUUCCAGAUGUUCUAUUUUGGUCAGUGAUUCUGUUUUUUUCUACAGUUACUAUGUCAGCCACCCUGAAGCAGUUUAAGACUAGCCGCUACUUUCCAACUAAGGUUCGAUCCAUAGUGAGUGACUUUGCUGUCUUUCUUACAAUUCUGUGUAUGGUUUUAAUUGACUAUGCCAUUGGGAUCCCAUCUCCAAAACUACAAGUGCCAAGUGUUUUUAAGCCAACCAGAGAUGAUCGUGGUUGGUUUGUUACACCUUUAGGUCCAAAUCCAUGGUGGACAGUAUUAGCUGCUGUUAUUCCAGCUUUGCUUUGUACUAUUCUAAUUUUUAUGGACCAGCAAAUUACAGCUGUCAUCAUUAACAGGAAGGAGCAUAAGUUAAAGAAAGGUUGUGGAUAUCAUCUGGAUCUACUGAUGGUGGCUGUCAUGCUUGGGGUGUGCUCUAUCAUGGGCCUACCAUGGUUUGUAGCUGCCACGGUGCUCUCCAUCACUCAUGUCAACAGCCUAAAACUGGAAUCAGAGUGUUCAGCUCCAGGAGAACAACCCAAAUUUCUUGGCAUUCGGGAGCAAAGGGUUACUGGGCUUAUGAUUUUUAUUCUUAUGGGUUCCUCAGUCUUCAUGACCAGUAUUCUAAAGUUUAUUCCCAUGCCAGUGCUAUAUGGAGUAUUUCUUUAUAUGGGUGCUUCAUCUCUAAAAGGAAUUCAGUUAUUUGAUAGAAUAAAGCUCUUCUGGAUGCCUGCCAAACAUCAGCCAGAUUUUAUAUAUCUAAGGCAUGUACCACUUCGAAAAGUCCAUCUCUUCACAAUUAUUCAGAUGAGUUGUCUUGGUCUUUUAUGGAUAAUAAAAGUUUCCAGAGCUGCUAUUGUCUUUCCUAUGAUGGUGUUAGCUCUGGUAUUUGUUAGAAAGUUGAUGGACUUUCUAUUUACCAAAAGGGAACUCAGCUGGUUGGAUGAUUUAAUGCCUGAAAGCAAGAAAAAGAAACUAGAAGAUGCUGAAAAAGAAGAAGAACAAAGUAUGCUUGCUAUGGAAGAGGAGGGUAUAGUACAACUCCCAUUGGAAGGGCACUAUAGAGAUGAUCCAUCUGUGAUCAAUAUUUCUGAUGAAAUGUCAAAGACUGCCUUGUGGAGGAACCUUCUGAUUACUGCCGAUAACUCAAAAGAUAAGGAGUCAAGCUUUCCUUCUAAAAGCAUUGAAAGCCGAAAAGAGAAGAAAGCUGAUUCAGGGAAAGGUGUUGACAGGGAGACUUGUCUAUGACUUGAUCUUCAAUUUGUUUUUUACAUAUAUAUGAGAAGUGUGCCACAAUUACUAAUAAAACUGCUUUGAUCAUGUAUUGUAAAUUCUGUCUCUCAUCCCAAAUCCACCUUCAUACUGUAAGUAGUGCAAUACUUGUUUAAUUUCUGUGUUUAAACUUCUGAACAGUAAGACCCUUGUGAGCAUAUAAAGUAGCUAAUGCAAGGAUCUGUACAUCCCUUGCUCUGUUAGACAUUUAUAAACACUGGAUUCUCAUUGUCAGUUUUAUGAGAGCAAUAGCUUUCUUAAAAUGAUAAGUCAUAUAUAUCUAGUUUGUAUUUUCCUAUUUUAAUGAUCUGAAGAUACCUGAUAAUUUCACUCUGAAGAAUUUUGAAAGGUAGUCUUCUUUUUAUUUUUAUAGCUUAGCUUUAUUGAUCUAUUUCAAAAGACCCAAAUCAAAAAAAGUUAGCUUGCAAGCAUUUUAAUAAUUGUAUUUAUGCAUUUACUUGAUUUAAUAUGAUAAUUUAAUACUUAAGAAUUUAUACAUAACUAGAAAUUAAAUCAUUUGGAAAAAUAUAUGAAAACCUGUCCACAACUUGUUUGAAAGAAUCAGACACUAGUACAGAAUCAAGUAGUAUUUGCUUAAAACUCAUAUUGCGAUUAUAUAAUCAAAUACUUGUAUGAAAUGCUUUAGAAAAACUUUAUAAGAUUUGUGAGACUUUCAGUCUAAGCCUUUAUCAGGAAUAUGCUGCUAAAUUUCUCUCACUGACAACAGAUGUUUUCCAAAUAAACUUAUUAUAUACACAAUUAUGGAACACCGCAUGGUGAAUCACUGUACAUGAAAUUCCACUGCUGUAUAGUUGUUUCACUGCUAAAGGUCAAUGUACUGCUUAAUGCUGCUUCUGAUUCAUAUUCUAAUGUUAGACUGACAGUUCUACAAUUGGAUUUUUUUCUUCAAGCUCUUUUCCAUUUUUUAAUUAAAUGCAUGUUGUAGAAAAAUAAUCUUUUAAAUGAAAAUUUCAGGUUCUGUUUGAAAAGCUUCUGUGGAUAUUAAAGUUCAGUUGAAAUAAUCCACCUUUAUUAAGCUUUACAGAAAGGAAAGUUUAAAAUUUUUUAGUAUUACUAAAAAUACAGUUAUUUCUUUUCACUAUAAAUAAGAAGUAAAUAAAGAGUACGUUUUAUAAGGCUCUUGAAUCCUAAGAAUGACCAGUAGUCAACUUUACAAUCAUUCAGAGCCCUGUCACUUUUCCAAGAUAAUAAGUGCACAUGAAAAGUUAAAAAAAAAGUAAAUCCUCUGUAAUUAAUCUUAUGAGGGAUCAAAAACCAACAAAGCAUUCAUUAGCUCAACAUUUUGAUGUCUUCUGAAAAGAUUCUCUCACAAUCUUCUAAAGAACAAUUUCUUUUAUUAUAUAUAUAUAUAUAUAUAUAUAUAUGUUAAAACAUGAAAUGAAUUUGCAAUUAAUAGUUUGUGUUUAUAAAUGCAUAAACUUUCCAUUACAAAUGUGUUGCCUUUGUGUAUUUUAAUUAUGCAGAGUACAUUGUAAAAUUUUUCAUUGUUCUAUGAUUUAGACUAGCUGUACAUGCCAGUGAGUCCCAAAAGCAGUCUUCAAAUGUUUUAAUAUAUUAAUAACUGUUCUUUUAAAAAUGAUCAUAGUGAAUUAAAACCUUCACAUGGUCAUCUAUUUGAAUAAGCAAUCAUUUGCAAUGAAAUUCUGUAUUUCUGAGUAUUUUUAUAGUCAUUUUGUUCUUGUGUGAAUUUUACUGCAAUCCCUAUAUUAAUCCUAGUAUUUUGAAAUCAUAUAUAAUGUAAGGAAAAUUGUAGUAUUAUAUAUUUCUUCCCAGUUUCAGAUACCUGGUCGAAAUUACUGAAUAUUUUGAAUGUAACUUAUUGCAAAAUUUAAGUAAUGUGUAAAUGUGACUAGGGUAUUGUGUUUUUCACAACUAAAGAAUAUUAUGUGGAAAUAAAUAUUUAUCCUAAUUUCCUUGCACAUUUUAAA